AAUAAUUAGUCAAGGCAUUAUUCCACAAAAUUCCAUCAUCAGUUGAAUCAUGGAGUCGUCUUCUUCGUAUGAACUGAAUGCCUCUGUAUCAUCGUUGGAAUUUCUCACUUUAUUCCUCUUUCGUCCCCUUCUCGCUAUCAUCUUCGUCUUCUCCUUACUUAUCUUAGGUUGGUUUUUAGCUUGGAAAUUAGUGCUGGUUCAUGUUCCUUUGGUACAAGAAAUCUUUGGUUUGCGGAAGAAACCCGUUAUGCCGAAACCUGAAAAUCGACGGCGGUAUACUCAAAUCUACAACAAUAUGGACUCACAAUCUGAUGCUUCCCAGUGACUGUAUAGGUAAGCCCUACGCGUGAUGGUAUCCACUGUCCAGGAUUAGAAGCUGAAGUUUCUUGUGCUUUGGGGAGCAUCAGGUGUCAGUCUCUGUAAUCAACACACUUAUCUUCAGCUGAUCCUCAUUUUCCCACAUGUAUAGCGCUGUUACAUUAGUGUGUAUAACAUAUGGCUUAGUGAUUGCAAGGCCAUUUGCAAUGAAUUAGAUGAUAAUGUAAGCAUUUGGAGAGAAAAGUGUCCAUUAUUUCUUUGUUUAUUUUUACUUUUUGUUAAGUUGACAUGUUACAGUUGUAAUUAUAUUGUGGCUUCAGUGUAAGUGGGGUUGAUGAUUUUUCAAAAGCCAUGCAAAUCGUGUGGAAACCUUA